AAGUGGGGAAGGUUCCGCGAGCAGUGUAAUAAGGUGAACAGGAUUGGCGAAACAUCCAGGCUUAAGCUGGUCUUCUCAACUCGGCUUGAAGCCAGGGAUUAUAGAGCUUGCACAAAAAUUGCCAGAACGCAGCGUCGGCUCAGCAAGAUGACGGUAGACGUCGAGAGAUAA